AUGGGAUUUAGGAAACCCACCACAAGGAACUUCCUGAUCAGGGCAAAGCCACCUCAGGAGGCUCUAACGGACCCUCACAAUGCUCUGACAGACCCUCACGAGGCUCUGACGGACCCUCACAACGUUCUAACGGACCCUCACAACGCUCUGACGGACCCUCACAACGUUCUAACGGACCCUCACAACGCUUUGACGGACCCUCACAACGUUCUAACGGACCCUCACAACGCUCUGACGGACCCUCACAACGUUCUAACGGACCCUCACGAGGCUCUAACGGACCCUCACGACGCUCUGACGGACCCUCACAACACCCUCACGAGACUAACGGACCCUCACAAUGCUCUGACGGACCCUCACGAGGCUCUGACAAACCCUCACGAGGCUCUGACGGACCCUCACGAGGCUCUGACGGACCCUCACGAGGCUCUGACGGACCCUCACGAGGCUCUGACGGACCCUCACGAGGCUCUGACGGACCCUCACGAGGCUCUGACGCACCCUCACGAGGCUCUGACGGACCCUCACGAGGCUCUGACGGACCCUCACGAGACUGACGGACCCUCACAAUGCUCUGACGGACCCUCACGAGGCUCUGACGCACCCUCACGAGGACUGACGGACCCUCACAAUGCUCUGACGGACCCUCACGAGGCUCUGACGCACCCUCACGAGGGUAUGACGGACCCUCACGAGGCUCUGACGGACCCUCACGAGGCUCUGACGCACCCUCACGAGGCUCUGACGGACCCUCACGAGGCUCUGACGGACCCUCACGAGACUGACGGACCCUCACAAUGCUCUGACGGACCCUCACGAGGCUCUGACGCACCCUCACGAGGGUAUGACGGACCCUCACGAGGCUAUGACGGACCCUCACGAGACUGA